AUGGGGCCGAAAAAGGACCCGAAGAAGCAGAGGGCGGUGAAGGCUGAGACCAAGAAACAUAUCCCGAAUAAGCCUGCCGCCGAAAACGCUUCGAAGUGGCACGACUCGGACCUCGCAGCCGUUCCCGUCAAGUCCGUCAAGAGCACCAACGUGGGCGACGACGCCAAGUCGGAGGACGACGGCGUCCCUGACGACCGCCAGACCUCGAGGGCCCAGAGGUACGCGAUCGAGACGCACCAGGCAGACACUGCUGAGAAGGACUGGAAACGAUACCAAGGGCUGGGUAGCAAGGACUGCGAGCCCCCUGGCAAGAUGAAGGAGCGGGCCAAGAUCGCGAACACCUACGUCAGCCGCAGCGUCACGUACAAAAGCGAGUUAGACAUUAAAUCAAGGACCAUCGAGAUGCUGACAGAGAGAACCACUUCCAAGGGCAAGGAGGACACCGUCCUGGGCAUGCAGAAGCAUACCAUGAUCGGCAGGUGCUCCGCGGGGAACGAGAGCCUCUUCCAGAAGGCAGUGGACGCGAAGGAGGUCUACGAGUCGGAGGUGGACGGGAUGUGGUACACUUGCUCGAAGAAAUUGACCGUCUCGGACGUGGAGUCGCAGAGGGUCCACGGCUUGAAAAUCCAUGACGCGAAGUCGGACGAUGCUUUCCGUGCCGCCCUCGCCGACUUGGUGCAGGCCGACAAUCACGACAUCAAAAUCCUCCAGGGGAGCUUCGACUCGGUGACGCAGGUGACCAGCGCCAGGAACAGGGUUGCUGUCGAGCUCUGCAAAAACAGCAUCACCGCGGCAGGCAGCGACAUGGCACGCCGCGGCGUCCAGGGUGCCACCAAGCAGGAGGUCGCGGCUGCCUUGCAGGCGGCCGCCCAGCCGUACCGCCAGCUGGUCGAAUACUACAACGAGCUGGCGGCCAUCCACAAGCACCACGCCGAGGGCAACGCGUCUUCUUCGUCUUCUUCGGGCUCGAAGUUCAAGGCGCUCCACGCCUGA